GUAAAAAUGGCGGUUCGUUACGAAAGUGGAUGAAGAAGUCGCGUGAAUCGAGCGGUUUUACGUUGCUUUGGAGCGGGUUAAUUCCGGAACGACUGUACAAAGGUUGAGGAUGAACGGGUGCCUGAUCCCCCACACGCCGUUUGCUGUGGACUUCUGGAGGUCCCGGGAGUGUGGCAACACCAGACUGUUCUUCCUGUCACACAUGCACGCUGAUCACACGUCAGGACUAUCUCCAUCAUGGAAACAUCCCAUCUACUGCUCAGAGAUCACAGCCAAGCUGCUGGUCCACAAGUUCCACAUCCCCCCUGCCCUGGUGCACCCCCUGGGGGUGGGGGAGAGCCACAUCCUGGCGCUGGAUGAGACAGGACAGGAGACCAUGACGGUGGCACUGUUUGAUGCUAACCACUGUCCCGGCGCUGUCAUGUUCCUGUUCCAGGGGUACUUCGGAUCCAUCUUCUACACCGGAGACUUCAGAUACAGUCCGGAAAUGUUUGACCACGAAGUCCUGGCUAACAGACCUCCUGUUGACGUACUGUACCUGGACAACACCUACUGCAGCCCGGAGUGUGCGUUUCCCUCCAGGACACAAGCCACACAGAUGAUCAAGGACAUCAUAUCCCGCCACCCCGAACACGAUAUCAUACUCGGGAUGACGAUGCUCGGAAAGGAAGACUUACUUGUCGACCUAGCCAAGACAUUUCAGACCUGGGUGGUUGUUUCGCCGCAGAGACUUGAAUCCUUAAAGCUGCUGGAACUGCCAAAUGUCUUCACCACGGAUCCCGAAGCCGGGAGGAUCAGGGUCGCUCUGAAGUACCAGAUCACCAGGAAGAACAUGGAGAAGUGGAACCAGGAGCGGCCGACGAUAGCCAUCCUGCCUUCUGCGUUGUACACGGGGUUGGACGGGAAGCCGUACGCCAACCAGCCUGACGUCCACAUCGUCCCGUACUCGGACCACUCCUCGUACCGAGAGUUACACGACUUUGUUUCCAGGCUCAAACCGCGGUCCAUCAUACCUGUGGUGAAAGGGAACAGCAGAGGAGUUUUUGGGUCCUCACUGCAGGCGAGAGCAGACAUGCACUGCUUCGACAACUACCUAGACACAAGCGCAAAGACAGCAUUCCAGAUUCCCGAAUCCGUCAGGAAGUUUAUGUUUCACAGCUCCCAUUCCUCAGUCAUUGACGCGUUCACAGAAGACGUUAGUGAGAGAAAAGGGAAAAGUGCCAGGAAUUGUGUCCCUGCGAAAAAGGGAAGGCCCAUGGGUGUAGUGUUCAUAGACUCACCACAGAACACACCAGAAAAAGCCAAGCCUCAAGAAACGGUAGCCCCAGAAAACGAUGGCACGGACAUCUGUGAAGAGACAACUGACAAGACUGUAGCAACAAGUAGUGAAAUGUUCCUCGGUAGUUCCAAGUGUAUGGAGAAAUCUGAAAAUAGGGUGGAAGAAACUGUUCCAUCUUGCAACGCUGGGGGUCAAGUAAAGAACAGGAAGAGAAAACUGCCUGCAAGUAUAGCCAUCCUCGCCCAGGCUUUUGCUUAUCAUACUGGGCAAAAGGGGGAUUGUGACAUUGACCCUGUAUAUUUAGAAAGCAGUCCAAAGCGUAUCCACCACCAGUCUGAAGAGAAAAGCAAUGGUUUUGCCAAUGGAGAUGGGAAAAAGCAGAACAGUCUACUCGCACAACAAGAGAGAAAGGGACUUGGUGCAAAACUGCAGCAGGCCAUCUGUCAAGGGUUCUACCCAAUCGGCAAGAAAGGGACAACAGACUCUUGA